CUGCAGUGAGUUUGGAUCACACACUGUGUAUGAUUCAGUUAAAGAAGACUUCCGUUUGCACCCCGGCUUCGCGGAGAAGCUCAGUUUUAUUUCCUAAGGAAAUACGACAAACUGGACAGGGUACUGGUGGAACGAACAAGUGUUUAGUAACGUACUUUUACUGUGUUUCACUACAAGUGCGUACCCGGUAGGACACACUUGUAUUCAAGAUGGCUGACACGGACUACUCUGGGCUGAGUCAAGCGGAAUUGAGGUAUUUAGCCGUUGACAGGAAUGUGAUCAACGACCCAGCAGCGCAAGCAGAAUGGUCAGCAAAGAAACUAGUAUGGGUGCCUCACGAGACAAAUGGUUUCGUGAUGGCCUCUGUCAAACAAGACAAAGGGGACGAAGUUCUGGUAACAAUCGAAGAGUCUGGGAAGCAGAUGAAAGUUCACAGAGAUGACAUCCAGAAAAUGAAUCCUCCUAAAUUCACCAAAGUUGAGGAUAUGGCCGAGCUGACCUGCCUGAACGAAGCAUCUGUGCUACAUAACUUAAAAGACAGAUAUUACUCUGGUCUUAUCUAUACAUACUCAGGUCUGUUUUGUGUUGUGGUUAACCCCUACAAGAAGCUGCCCAUUUAUACAGAUAAAGUUAUAGAGCUGUACAAGGGCAAGAAGCGCCAUGAAGUCCCCCCUCAUGUAUACGCCAUCACAGACACUGCCUACAGGAGCAUGCUGCAAGAUCGUGAGGACCAGUCCAUCCUCUGCACAGGUGAAUCUGGUGCCGGCAAAACUGAAAAUACCAAGAAAGUUAUCCAGUAUUUGGCAUAUGUGGCUGCCUCCCAAAGGACUAAUCGACAGUCCAUUUCCAGUGUUCAUUCCCAGCAAAAGGAGCUCAACCUCGGUGAACUUGAGAACCAACUGCUGCAAGCAAAUCCCAUUCUUGAGGCAUUUGGAAAUGCCAAGACCAUCAAAAAUGACAAUUCCUCCAGAUUUGGUAAAUUCAUUCGAAUCAAUUUCGACACAUCUGGCUUUAUCUCUGGAGCCAACAUAGAGACUUAUCUGCUGGAGAAAUCUCGUGCUGUAAGACAAACUGAAUCAGAGAGAAGUUUCCACAUCUUCUACCAGUUCCUCAAGGGGACAAAUGCUCAGCAAAAGAAGGACUUCCUGUUGGAGGACAUCAGGAAUUACAGAUUCUUAUGUUCCAAGGAUCCUGCUGUGCCAGGGAUGGAUGAUGCGGCCGAGUUCAGGCAGACAUCAGAAGCCAUGAGUAUCAUGGGCAUCAGCACCGAUGACCAGAACGCCAUUUUUAAGGUUGUUUCUUCUGUGUUGCUGUUUGGAAAUCUCCAGUUUAAGUCUGAGCGUAGCUCUGACCAAGCCACAUUACCCAAUGAUGAAGUGGCCCAGAAAGCCUGCAGACUGCUGGGUCUUCCCGUCACAGAGACGGUGAAAGCAUUCCUCAGACCAAAGAUCAAAGUCGGCAGAGACUAUGUGACAAAAGCACAGACAAUGGAACAGGUGGAGUUUGCUGUAGAGGCCAUUGCUAAGGCUCUGUAUGAGAGGAUGUUCAGAUGGCUUGUCCUCAGGAUCAACAAAUCUCUUGACAGAACACGCAGACAAGGGGCCUCAUUCAUCGGCAUCCUCGAUAUCGCUGGAUUUGAAAUCUUCAAGAUGAAUUCCUUCGAGCAGCUGUGUAUUAACUACACAAACGAGAAGCUCCAGCAACUGUUCAACCACACCAUGUUCAUCCUGGAACAGGAAGAGUAUCAAAGGGAGGGAAUUGACUGGAAGUUUAUUGACUUUGGCCUUGAUCUCCAGCCAACCAUUGACCUGCUUGAAAAGCCAAUGGGAAUUCUGGCUCUGCUUGAUGAAGAAUGUUGGUUCCCAAAAGCCACAGAUAAGAGUUUUGUGGAGAAAUUGAAGGGACAACACAGCUCUCACCCCAAAUUCCAGAAACCAGACUUCAGGGCCGAUGCUGAUUUCAGUAUGAUCCACUAUGCUGGCAAGGUGGAUUACAAAGCUGACAGCUGGCUGACCAAGAACAUGGACCCCCUGAAUGAGAAUGUGGUCUCCCUGUUCCAGAACUCUAAUGAUCCUUUUGUCUCAAAUAUAUGGAAAGAUGCUGAGAUCGUUGGUCUUGGAAUUGCCGCAGCAGCUGACAGUGCGUUUGGGUCGCGCACGAAGAAGGGCAUGUUCCGUACAGUAGGACAACUGUACAAGGAGCAGCUGGCCAAGCUCAUGGCUACCCUGAGAAACACCAACCCCAACUUUGUCCGAUGUAUCAUUCCAAAUCACGAAAAGAAGGCUGGCAAGAUUGACUCCCCACUGGUAUUGGACCAGCUGCGCUGUAAUGGGGUUUUGGAAGGGAUUCGUAUCUGCAGGCAGGGAUUCCCCAACAGGAUCCUCUUCCAGGAGUUCAGGCAGCGAUAUGAAAUCCUCACUCCAAACGCCAUCCCCAAGGGCUUCAUGGAUGGCAAAAAGGCAGUCAUCAAGAUGAUUGACGCUCUGGAACUGGACCCAAACUUGUUCCGUAUCGGAGCCAGUAAGAUUUUCUUCCGUGCCGGUGUGUUGGCUCACCUGGAGGAGGAGAGAGAUCUCAAAUUGACUGACAUCAUCGUGGGUUUCCAGGCCUUGGCUCGGGGUCUGCUUGCUAGAAGGAACUACCAGAAGAGGCUUCAGCAGCUGAGCGCUAUCCGUGUCAUCCAGAGGAACUGUGCAGCGUACCUCAAGCUGAGGAACUGGCUCUGGUGGAGGCUCUUCACAAAGGUUAAGCCUUUGUUAGCAGUCACCAACCAAGAACAGAAGAUCCAGGAGAAGGAUGAUGAAUUGAAGAAAGUGAAAGAAGCAUAUGACAAACAGAAGGGUGAAGCAGAGGAGAUAGAGAAGAAGUAUGUACAGACAAUUGCGGAGAAGAACAUCCUGUCAGAGCAGUUACAGGCUGAGGCAGAGCUGUGUGCUGAAGCAGAGGAGGCCAGAGCAAGGUUAGAGUUGAAGAAGACUGAGUUGGAGGAAAUGCUGCACGAGUUAGAGCUGAGGACUGAGGAAGAAGAAGAGAGGAACAUUGCCCUUCAAGAGGAGCGCAAGAAGAUGCAGCUGGCUGUUCACGACCUGGAGGAACAGCUAGAAGAAGAGGAACAAGCCAGACAAAAACUCCAGCUAGAAAAAGUCACAGCUGAUUCCAAGAUAAAGAAACUUGAGGAAGAUAAUGCACUGCAAGUGGACACAAACCAAAAGUUGCUAAAAGAACGGAAGACAAUGGAGGAGCGUUUGAACAUGGCUGAGGCUCAGCUAGUGGAGGAAGAAGAGAAAGCCAAACAGCUGGGUAAACUGAAGAACAAGUAUGAGGCCAUUAUAGCAGAUUUGGAGGAUAGAUUGAGGAAGGAGCAACAGGCGAGACAGAGCUUGAGAAGAUCAAGCGUCGUCUUUGAGUCUGAGUUGGCAGAUGUCCGGGAUCAGCUGAAUGAGAAACGCUCUCAAGUGGAAGAUCUACAGACUCAGCUAGCCAGGAGAGAAGAAGAGAUACAGAAUGCUCUCAGAAAGGGAGAUGAUGAAUCCGUGGCUCGAGCUACAGCCCACAAACAGCUGCGAGAGUUACAGAGCUCUAUACAAGAGCUGCAAGAGGACCUGGAGGCAGAGAAAGAGGCAAGGACCAAGGCCGAGAAACAGAAGAGAGAUUUGAAUGAGGAGUUAGAAGCUCUGAAGAGUGAGUUAGAAGACUCGCUGGAUGCAACUGCAGCAGUGCAGGAAGUGCGCCACAAAAGAGAGACUGAGGUGCAGGACCUGAAGAAAAACAUGGAUUCUGAGAAGAAGCAGCAUGAGGAGCAGAUACAGGAGAUGAGACAGAAGUACAACCAGCAGUUAGAGGCCGUCAACGAAGAGCUGGAUGCUGUCAGAAAGGCCAAAACCACGUUGGAGAAAACUAAGCAGUCUGUUGAUCAAGAAAAGACAGACCUGAGCAAUGAUUUGCGACAAGUCCAGCAAGCCAAGCAGGAAUCUGAACGUAAACGCAAACAGCUGGAGCAGCAGUUGCAGGAGACUGCGAUUCGAUACCAAGACGCUGAUCGCUUGCGGGCCGAGUCCAGUGACAAGCUAGCUAAAGUUCAGAAUGAACUGGAGCAGGUAGCCUCACAGUUGGAACAGACUGAGGUUAAAGCUUUGUCCAUGUCCAAGACAGUCAGUAACCUGGAGGCCCAGCUGUCUGAUGCUCAGGAAAUAGCUCAAGAAGAGACUAGACAGAAGCUGGCUCUGCAGACCAAGCUGAGGACGUUGAAUGAUGAGAAAGAGGCUCUGGCUGAACAGCUUGAGGAAGAGGAGGAGGCCAAGAAAGCCAUGGAGAGACAGCUGGCUGACAUGAGUGCCAAGGUGGCAGAGUAUAAGCGCAAGGCUGAGGAUGAGUCUCAGACAUUGGAAGCCUUGGAAGAGCAGAAGAAGAAGCACCAGAGAGAUACAGAUAGCCUACAGGCACGCCUGGAGGAGUUGACCAGCGCUAAUGACAGACUGGAGAAGUCCAGGAAGAAGGCUCAAGCGGAGCUGGAAGAUCUUGCUGUGGAGCUAGAAAAUCAUCGCUCCAAUGUAAGCCAGAUGGAGAAAAGACAACGCAAAUUUGACCAGAUGCUGGCAGAAGAAAAGGCGAUUUCUGAAAAGUUAUCGGCUGAGCGCGACCAAGCUGAGCGGGACAACCGAGAGAAGGAGACAAAGAUCCUGAACCAGACGCGCGAGCUGGACGAGCUGCACGAGCGCAUGGAGCAGUUAGAGCGGGCGCGUCAGGCUCAGGCCAGGGAACUGGAGGACCUCAUGUCAUCCAAGGAUGAUGUCGGCAAAAAUGUGCACGAGCUGGAGAAGAACCGGCGCAGCUUGGAGAGCCAGGUGGAGGAGCAGAGGUCGCAGAUUGAGGAGCUGGAGGAUGAGUUACAGGCCAGUGAGGAUGCCAAACUGAGGCUGGAAGUGAACAUGCAGGCGUUAAGGGCUCAGUUUGAGCGGGAUCUCCAGGCUAAGGAUGACCAGGUGGAGGAGGCCAAGAAAUCCCUCCUCAGGCAGCUACGUGAGAUGGAAGCUGAACUGGAGGAUGAGAGGAAACAACGCUCUAUCGCCGUGGCAGCCAGGAAGAAGAUGGAGAGUGAUCUGAAGGACCUUGACCAGCAGGUUGAGAUGGCCAACAAGGUCAAGGACGACGCGGUGAAGCAAAUGAAACGUCUGCAGGCCCAGAUGAAGGAGUUCCAGAGAGAGAUCGAUGAAGCUCGACUCGCCAAAGAGGAGAUGGCACAAAUGACCAAAGAUAAUGAACGCAAGAUCAAGAACCUUGAAGCUGAGGUUCUGCGACUGCAGGAAGAGCUGGCUGCUGCUGAGCGGGCGCGUCGUGCUGCCGAGACGGAUCGGGAUGAGGUGCAGGAUGAGCUUAACCAGAGCCAGGCUGCCAGAAAUACCUUGUUAGAUGAGAAGAGGAGACUUGAUGCUCGUAUUAAUGAACUGGAAGAAGAUUUUGAUGAGGCUCAAACCUCUGUGGAAAUGCUCAGCGACAAGAACCGCAAAAACUUGUUACAGAUUGAACAAAUCGCCUCAGAACUUGCGUCAGAGAAGUCCGUGUCAGCCAAGCAUGAGAAUGAGCGCACAAUCCUGGAAAGACAGAACAAGGACCUAAAGGCUAAGUUGCAGGAGCUGGAGACCCAGAUCAGGACAAGAACCAAGGCAACCAUCGCCGCUCUGGAGAGCAAGGUGUCCAACCUAGAGGAACAGCUGGAUAUAGAGGCGCGAGAAAGAAGCGGUCUGCAGCGCGCCAACAGGCGACUGGAGAAGAAACUGAAAGAGCUGGCGCUACAGGUGGAGGAUGAGAGGAGACAUGCAGACCAGUAUAAGGAACAGACAACGAGCAUGAACAAUCGACUGAAGUCCCUGAAAAGACAGCUGGACGAGGCUGAGGAGGAGAUCACACGGCUUAACUCGCAGAAGCGUAAACUCCAGCGCGACCUGGAUGAGCAGACGGAACAGUACGAGGCAGCCAAUAGAGAGGUGUCAAAGCUGAAGACGUACAGACCAGGAGCGCGAACCUCUUCCGCCCGAGCUAUCAUCUCCCAAAUCCGACAGGCAGCUGACGUGUCCGGGGAUGAUGAUGACGCAGAUGAACCUCAGAAUGAUGUCAAGGAGUGAGGCAUUUAUUAGGGCAACACAGCCUCACCUGCUGCAAAGUCAAGACCAGUUGGGCUGUCUCAUCAUGAUGUCAUCAGAAGAAGAACUGCAAUGUGUUAGACGAAAAUAAACUAAAUAACACUCUAUGUCCUGUUGUGGACUUGGUUAAUAUCCUGGAAGUAAAAUAUUUUUGGAUACUUAAUAUUACUUUACUGACCAAUAUAUGUUUGCUAAUUCUGUCAAUAUUUCCAUACUUAAUACAAGUAUGGCUUGUUGUUAAUUUUUUUUUUUUUUUUUGGUAAUAGUUUUGUAGUAGCCUAUGAGAUAUACUCUUAAGAUGUUGUUAUGUAAUUUUUGUGAGCUGUCAAAAGUGUUCCAUUUUCGUGUGAAUACCAGUAUAAACAGAGCAUCCAAAAUCGUGCUCAGUGUUCAUGUUAUGUGUUAAGGGUACGCAAUAUUAUGUUGUCAUUUCUGUUUCGUUAAGGUUGUUUUGGUCAUAUCCACUGUGAGUUUUAUUUCGAGUUAAAUUGUGAUACAUCUUCUGUUGAAGAUUGUGGCUCAUCUUACUAAAGGUUUACAGAAGACCAGGUGAACUUGUAUGCAUUACACAGAUUAAUGUGUCUCUUUGUUAAUCCUGUACAUUAUAAAAUUUGGUGUAGGGCAACACAACUGUUAUUUUUCAACCAGCUGAGUCUGUGCCUCUUAGAUUUAGAACCAUGUAGAAGUCCUUGUUCGCUUACUAAUACUUCAAAUAUCUAUAGAAUGCCACCACAGUGAGAUAUAAAGCUCUACUGUGCAGUCUUUCUUCAAACUUCGUCAUAAUGUUACAGGGAUAAGAAAAAUAUUGUCUGCCAUGUUCGAUGAUGUGAUGUGGAAUGCUGGAUUGAUGGGAAUGCUUUAUGAACAUGUAUGACUUGUGGACCAAUCACAUAGCUUGUUUUAUGGGUGUGACCUCAGAAUUUAGUAAUUUGUACAUAUUUGGGGUUGAAGGGAUUGAACAGACCUCCGGCAUAGCCAGCCUGUUCAAGAGCGUACUUGAUGUAAAGAUUCUUAAUUUGUGAGUGAAUGUACAGGCUAACACAGCUGGUUGGGAUAUUUGUGGUGUCAGUGCUGAUUAAUGAACGCUGUAAAACGAAUUUGCAGUCUAAAUUUGGUUCAUAUGGACGGCAGUUAAGCCUUUGGCUCAAGGCCUGUGCAUGACCUUAGCGCAUCAUCUUGUGAGAAAUGAAAAGCUUAUUUUUCCCUUUUUUACCUUGCUUGUUGGUAUAUAUCUGAAAUAAAGUGAAGCAUUUAUAAUGAAAGCUGUUUUAUAUGGUUGUAUUACAUCUGUGCGGAUUUCAUGUAAGGGGAGAUAAUUUGUUUCUUACAUGGCUGUGGGUUGUUCCAGGGCCUAUACUGUUUUACAUUAGAAUUGUCUUGCCACUAUUAUCUGAUAGUUUACAAAGCAGAUGCCUGAAACUCAGUAACAGGUGUAACCGUAACCAAUUGUUAUAUAUUAUGAGAACACAAAAGCUAAAAAAACAAAAAAACAAAAAAACGAAGGAAAAUAAUUGAAAACAUGUAGUUUCUUAAAAUAUACAAAUCUUGAAGUGCUUUGAUUAACACUCCCAAUAAGCUUAAUUUGUAGAAAAAUGACACUAUAUUGGAGAGCUCCUUAUGGUUUUAUAUUUGCUACAGUGAUAUGAUUUAGCCCCAUAGUGUUUAUGCAGCAAGAUGUUAUUCCACAGCAUCUUAACUUUGUUGCUUGAAAUUGCAAGUAAUCUGAUGGCCUUGUAAAAUGAAACAAACAUUUGAUAAUAAACAAUAUUCUCUCAGAAA